CCUCUCCAUUAUUCCUUCGCCCCGUCUAUAUAAUCCUCCGCUCCUCGCCCUCCCGUACGCCGUCAAACACAGACGUCGAGGAAACAGCCGCACGCGCGCGCGCCAAAGCCGCGGGUUUCUGUAGAGUUCAUGUGACGCGACGCGCGCGAUCGAGCAUGGCGAGCGGCGGCGCGGGGGGAUACUACCACGGCGACCGGUACGGCUACGGCUACUCGUACCCGCGGCAGCAGGCCGCGCCGUCGGCGACGUCGUUCCACAUGUGCCUGUUCCUGGCCACGGCGUGCCUCCUCGGCGGCGUGUCGCUCUACUCGCACUGCGAGUCCGCGGUGGAGAGCCUCGUCGACCAGCUCCGGGUCGCCGUCGUCCUGUCCCCGUUCGUCCUCCUCCUCGCGGCGCAGUACUGGUCCGCGACCGGGCGGCGCUGGCGGUCGUCGUCGUACUCGUCGUCGUCGCUGGACGCGGCCCCGGCGCCGGUGGUGUCGUGGGAGCAGCAGCCGCCCUGGUACGACCAGCGGCAGCGGGACGGCGGCGCGUCGUCGCCGUGGGGCGUGGCGCUGGCGCUGGCGCUCGUCCUGCUGCUCAUCUCCUACCAGUCCUGCUUCCAGUACUGGUGGUCCCCCGUCGUCCGCCGCCGGCGCUGAGCUCCGUCGAUCGGAUCAUUCGCGCGCAGCUAGAAGCCUAGAACUAGUAUAGCAUUUGGUCACGUACGGGCAAUGCUAGCUCUCUUAUAUUUCUUCACAGAGGGAGUACUACUGUACUAGGCAAGAAAAUUAUCGGCAAUUGGCAGAGCAGGAUUUUGCUGUCUAAACCAUCAGAGAUGUCUUAGCCGUCAGAAAACUAUCACUAGGGUAUUUGGAGGAUGUAAACUGCAAUAAACUGUUGUGAUAUACUUAUAAAUAAUAAAGAGCAGUAUUCUUGCA